AUGACAAUUAACUCAAAAUGUGCUUCAAAAGGGCGACAACAGUUAGGAGCGUAUGGUAGCCAACAUGUCAAUUGUAUUCUGCUUCUGGAAUCACGGCCACACUGCACCAGUGCGUUCUCGUCACCGAACUCUCGCGAUAAUGGACCACCAAGAUUUGGACACGUGUCAAAUCCAGCUACGACCGACGUCCAUUUCAUCGAAUCAACGUCACACAGGAGACUUGAGUACGAACAGGGUCCCAUACUCUCGAAAGUUCCAGUCCGUACCACCAACGUGGGCCCACACUAA